AAUGUAUUAUAUUCCCUCGAAGUGAAAGCUGACACAUACAUACUGGGAUUUCUUAGUACACUUCCCCACAUGGCCACAAACUUACAAGUCGCACCAUCUUCUUCUGUGCCCUUCCUCUCCCUCUCUCUCUCAAUCUAGUUCUCUCUCUGUUUCUGUGACUCUCUCUAAGAUCUACAGCAUAGACUACCACCAUGAGAACCCAGCAGCCUAAGCUUAAGACCCAGUUUUUCUCUUGUGGAUUCUUCGGCCACUGUACCGGAACAGUCCUCAGCCCCACCACGCCUCAUCCUCCAACUCUCCCUUUCUCAUCCACCGAUCCAUUACCACCUUCGUUGUCAAUUGCCGCUCCUUCAACACAAUCCGACCCCCUAACCCACCACCAGUCGAAGCCCGACUCCGAAUCAUCUUCCUCCUCAACCUCACAGAGCUUCACCCAGUGGAAAUUCCCUCUCCCUGAGUCACCCAUUCUCUCCCACACACAACCUGGAUCCGACCAGGAUUUUGACGCUGUGGCCAUAUUUCAGUCCAGCCCAGCGCCGCCGCCGCCGCCGCCCAUGUCCUCCACCGGCCUCCAAGAGCUCUUCCAUGCAGCAGAGCUCCAACUCAGCAUCGGGUCAUUUCCGGAGCAGCUCGCAGCACUCCAGCUCCUGGAACGCUCUCUGGUCCCCUACCCGCCAUCCGACCCGGAGUGCCCGCCCGAAUUGAUGCGCGGGUUGGUGCGAAAUUUGAAAAACAAAGCGGGGGCAAAACCGGCAACGAAAGUGUUGUUGGCGCUCUGUUUGGCGGAGGCUAACCGCCACGUGGCGGUUGAGGCCGGGGCAGCGUCUGCGGUGGUCGAGACGGCGCUGGAGCUGGAGGAUACGGCGGCGGAGCGGGCCCUGGCGGCUCUGGAGUUAAUGUGCACUGUGGCGGAGGGGGCGGCGGAGGUGAGGUCCCACGCGCUGGCGGUGCCGGUGAUGGUGAUGAUGAUGGGCAGGACGUCGGCUCGGGGGAAGGAAUACGCAAUAGGGGUGUUGGCGGUUAUAUACGGUGGCGCAUCUGAAGAUGAGGCCGCGGAAGCGGUUUCGGCAGCUCCGGCGGAGGAGGUGGCCCGUGCAGUGGAGUUGGCGUUGAAAGGGGAUUGUAGUGGUAGGGGAAGGAGGAAAGGGGCCCAAUUAUUGAAGGCGCUUCAACCAGAAGAAGAGAAAGAGACCUGAAUUUGGACGUGAAUCUUGACUCUUAUUAGGGUCUCUAUCUCUGUCUGUUCGUUUAGAGCCCAGUUACUAGUUUGCUCGUAAAUAGUGGUCUGGAUUGGAUAUUUUUCUCUUUACUGUUAAAAUGAGCCUUUGGGAAAUCUUUUCCCCAUAUGAAGCAUGAAGCAUAUGUAUCUUUGUUCUGUACUAAAGGUUGGUUGUGGGUUAUUUCAAAAAAAAAAAAAAAAAAAAAGGUUGAUUCUGGGUAUCCUAGACAUAGGACGAGCGUAAGUCCACCAUUUUACACUAUUCACUACUCUUCUUAGCAUUGCAGUCAUGAACAUCUUUCAGAUAGUGUUGAUUUUGACACUGGCCUGAAUCUGAAAUCUGAGAUGAAUGCGUUUACGUUGAAGGAAAAUCCGAUAAAUUAGAGUGCCAUGUGAAAUCGAGAAUGACAAAGUUUACCUGGAAUGGAAAUCUCUUAGCUCAUUUCGGGUCCCUUCUCAU